AUGGGGGACUCCAGCGAUUCUGUUUAUGUCGAUAUAGAGUCCAGUUAUCUAGUCGGAAAGGAGCAUCUUGUGAAAACUGGUCAUGGUUCUGUCUCUGUUGUGGUGUUUGGGGACCGGGACAAGCCAGCUCUUAUUACUUAUCCCGAUUUAGCUUUAAAUUAUGUGUCCUGUUUUCAAGGAUUGUUCUUUUGUCCAGAAGCAUUUUCUCUGCUUCUCCACAACUUCUGUAUAUACCAUAUCUGCCCUCCUGGGCAUCAGUUAGGAGCUGCUGUAAUUGGAAUUGAUGAACCUACAAUAUCUGUUGAUGAUUUAGCUGAUCAGAUUGCUCAGAUUCUUGACUAUUUCGGACUCGGUGCAGUGAUGUGCAUGGGUGUAACAGCUGGAGCUUAUAUUCUUACCCUAUUUGCAGUAAAAUACACGCAACGUGUAAUGGGUUUGAUUCUUGUUUCCCCUCUAUGUAGAGCGCCAUCCUGGACAGAAUGGUUAUGUAAUAAGGUGAUGUCAAAUUUACUUUACAUUUGUGGCAUGUGUGGUUUCGUGAAGGAAUUGUUGCUCAUACGGUACUUCAGCAAGGAAGUUCGUGGUAAUGUAGACGUCCCAGAAUCAGAUAUAGUUCAAUCAUGCAGAAGAUUAUUGGGCGAGAGGCAGAGCCCAAAUGUGCUGCGGUUUCUUGAAGCUAUCAAUGGGAGACCGGACCUUACUGAAGGCCUAAAGAGACUAAAAUGUCGAUCUCUGAUAUUUGUUGGAGAAAACUCUCCUUUUCACUCGGAGGCUCUCCACAUGACUUCAAGAUUGGAUCAGAGAUUCAGUGCCUUAGUCGAGGUCCAAGCGAGUGGGUCAAUGGUUACAGAAGAACAACCGGAUGCCAUGUCCAUACCACUGGAAUAUUUCCUUAUGGGCUAUGGCUUUUAUCGGCCAUCUGAGUUCAACGUCAGCCCGAGGAGCCCCUUGAGCCCAACUAGUAUUUCGCCAGAGCUUUUCUCACCGGAAAGCAUGGGUGUGAAGUUAAAACCAAUAAAAACUAGAAUUGCCGUGGAAGUGUAA